GGGGCAGCCUCGCGCAGAGGUACCCCUGAAGCCAUCGAUACAUAGGUACCUACGUAGGUACGCCCCGGGCCAGCUUCGAAGCUCACCCAUCCCGUUGACCUCCCUCUCCAUUCCGAUUCAUCAGCAUUUUCAACCGGGCCGUCCAUUCUACCUACAACAACCGCAACCCUCACCUAACAAGAAAAAGAUCUGCUUCGCCCGCUCACGUCCGCCUAGCACCCGAUAUCCACGGCAGCACCAUACUCGCACGUCGCAUCCGCAUCUCUGCACCCGUCCCUCUAGCCUCUCAGCUACCUGCCUGUCUACCAUGUCAAGUACCCAAGAUCUGCCCGGCGUCGAGCGCCGCGGGUCUGACGAUGGUAAGGACAAGAAGGACGGCCAAGGCGACGAUGCGGCAAGGGACAGCACCAGAGUUAACAACGAUGGCGAUGCCGAGAUGAAGGACGCCGAGCCCGAGGAAGACGAGAUUUUAGAUGAGGAAAUCCUCGGCCUCAGCACGCAGGACCUGCAAACCCGAAAACGUCUGCUGGAGAAUGACGCUAGAAUCAUGAAGAGCGAGUUCCAGCGGUUAUCUCACGAGAAGGCGACGAUGGGCGAGAAGAUCAAGGAGAAUAAUGAGAAGAUUGCGAAUAACCGGCAGUUGCCGUACCUGGUCGGCAACGUCGUGGAGCUGCUGGACCUAGACCCCACGGCGGAAUCGUCCGAGGAGGGCGCCAACAUCGACCUAGAUGCUACGCGAGUCGGCAAAUCGGCGGUCAUCAAGACGUCUACGAGACAAACCAUCUUCUUGCCUCUGAUCGGCCUCGUUGACCCGAAUACGCUCAAGCCCGGCGAUCUAAUCGGCGUGAAUAAGGACUCUUAUCUGAUCCUAGAUACCUUACCGGCCGAGUACGACAGCCGUGUCAAGGCCAUGGAGGUUGACGAGAAGCCAGCCGAAAAGUACAACGACGUGGGCGGGUUGGACAAACAGAUAGAGGAACUUGUCGAGGCUAUCGUGUGGCCGAUGAAGGAAGCCGAGAGGUUCAAGAAGAUCGGCAUUAAGGCGCCCAAAGGCGCCCUGAUGUACGGACCUCCCGGAACGGGCAAGACUCUUCUGGCUCGGGCUUGCGCCGCUCAAACCGACGCCACUUUCCUCAAGUUAGCUGGGCCGCAGCUAGUGCAAAUGUUUAUCGGUGACGGCGCUAAGUUAGUUCGUGACUGCUUCGCAUUGGCUAAGGAGAAGGCUCCGGCGAUUAUCUUCAUCGACGAGCUCGACGCCGUCGGCACCAAGCGGUUCGAUAGCGAGAAGAGCGGCGACAGAGAAGUUCAACGGACUAUGCUUGAGCUGCUGAACCAGCUCGACGGCUUCGCGUCGGACGACCGCAUCAAGGUCUUGGCUGCCACAAACCGUGUCGACGUGCUCGACCCCGCUCUCCUGCGAUCAGGUCGUCUGGAUCGGAAAAUAGAGUUCCCUCUUCCCAACGAGGAGGCCAGGGCCCAGAUUCUCAAGAUCCACUCCCGUAAAAUGACGGUUGAUGCCAGUGUCAACUGGGGUGAGCUCGCCCGAAGUACGGACGAGUUCGGAGGCGCCAUGCUCAAGGCGGUCUGUGUCGAGGCGGGCAUGAUCGCUCUACGCAUGGGCAAGAACAAGAUCAGCCAUGAGCACUACGUGGAUGCCAUUUCUGAGGUGCAGGCCAAGAAGAAGGAGACGGUCAACUUCUACGCAUAAACACAUUCCUAGUCUCGUCGCGGUGAUAAAAUGCAAUCAUGGGUUGGGGGAUUGUGCAGUCAGACUCCGGGACGAUUUGUAAUAUACUUGGCUCAUCCUCCCAUUCAAACGAUUCGCCGGCUACUGCAAACUGCUGCCGUUAUUAAAGAGGCCGCCCAAGUUCGUUAUCACGGCACAGCUCCAUGUGCUGUGCGUGCUUCUGCUAGAACUUGGCCUCACACUAACUAAUAGACGUAGUAGAUAGUUUCCUCUAUUGAGGUUGUUCCCUGAUUGUUAAGGAAACACCUGGUUACACGUUUUAGAGCACGAAUACGACGCUGUUCUAUCUUUCGCGAUAGACCAGAUACGCAGACUAUCUUGACCUCAUAACACGUGUAUCAUCUACCAGAGACAACAACAGGUGGGGUUCUCCGUAUUAGCGUUGAGGGCUAUGUUGCAAUACCGAUGUCCUCUAGCAACGUAGAGAUCGUGUCUUACAAUUCCUAAGUCGGACGCCUAGACAGGAAGGGGGCACUCGAUAUUGCGAGGCAUUUUCCGCCGAGAAGCAUAAGC